AUGUCCGUUGUCAGCUUAAAUAGAAUGUUUCGGGGGAAGCUUCGCACGAAUACCUGCCGAAUUGUGGUGCUGACUUCGCUCGUGUGGCUGUUGAUCGAUGUGAUACUGAUAGUAAAAUAUGCCGACUGUCCCAGCACGGGUGGUGGUUCCAGCUGGCUUUGCAAACGAAACAGUGGAACGUAUGAUGUGGAGGUACCACAUGCAGCACGGCAGUCGCAGCAGCAACGGCGGGCGGCGGCCCCCGAGGACGACGAUCCCAUCGUGGACGUGGAGGAGAUUGACACCAACUCGAACAACUUUGGCGACCCGGGCGGUUACGGUGGGGCCGGCGCGGGUGGUGGCCACGAUGCCGACAGUUCAAUGCCUCGCACGUACCGGCCACAGGAGCUGAAGAAAUGGCGACCGGCACCAACGGUCGGCGAAAAUUACGGUCGACCCGGUGAAAUGGGUAAACCGGUUAAAAUUCCGUCUAACCAGCAGGAGCUGAUGAAGGAAAAGUUCAAAGAGAAUCAAUUCAAUCUCCUCGCCAGUGACAUGAUCUGGCUGAAUCGAUCGCUCACCGAUGUACGCCAUCACGACUGUAAAAAGAAGCACUAUUCGGCGAAGCUGCCAACGACCUCGAUUGUGAUUGUGUUCCACAACGAAGCCUGGAGCACGCUGCUCCGUACGAUAUGGAGUGUAAUAAAUCGGUCACCCCGGCCGUUGCUGAAGGAAAUCAUCCUCGUCGAUGAUGCCAGCGAGCGGGAGCAUUUGGGCCGCCAGCUGGAAGAGUACGUCCGCACGCUGCCCGUUACAACGUUCGUCCUGCGGACCGGCAAACGAUCCGGUCUGAUCCGUGCCAGACUGCUCGGUGCCAAACACGUCAAGGGACAAGUGAUCACAUUCCUAGACGCGCACUGCGAAUGUACGGAGGGCUGGCUGGAGCCACUGUUGGCGCGUAUCGUACUGGACCGUAAGACGGUCGUAUGUCCCAUCAUCGACGUGAUAUCGGACGAAACGUUCGAGUACGUGACGGCGUCCGACCAGACGUGGGGAGGAUUUAACUGGAAGCUAAACUUCCGAUGGUAUCGCGUCCCGGCACGGGAAAUGCAGCGGCGCAAUCACGACCGAACAGCGCCGCUACGGACGCCAACGAUGGCAGGCGGACUGUUUUCGAUCGAUCGAGACUAUUUCUACGAAAUCGGCUCAUAUGACGAGGGUAUGGACAUUUGGGGCGGUGAAAAUCUGGAAAUGUCUUUCCGGAUAUGGCAAUGUGGUGGCAUCCUCGAGAUCGCACCCUGCUCGCACGUUGGCCAUGUGUUCCGGGACAAAUCACCGUACACUUUCCCCGGUGGUGUGGCAAAUAUUGUGCUGAAAAAUGCGGCCCGCGUUGCCGAGGUGUGGCUAGAUGAGUGGAAAGAGUUUUACUAUCAAAUGAGUCCAGGUGCACGCAAAGCAUCCGCCGGGGAUGUUAGCGAGCGGCGGGCCCUACGGGAGCGGCUAAAGUGCCAAAGCUUCCGCUGGUAUCUGGAAAACAUUUAUCCUGAAAGUCAGAUGCCGCUGGAUUACUAUUUCCUCGGAGAGAUUCGCAAUGUAGACACCCACAACUGUCUCGACACAAUGGGACGUAAGUCAAACGAAAAGAUUGGCAGCAGCUACUGUCACGGUUUGGGCGGCAAUCAGGUAUUUGCGUACACGAAACGACACCAGAUCAUGUCGGACGAUAAUUGUCUCGAUGCAUCGAACGCCCUCGGACCGGUGAAUUUGGUCCGGUGUCAUGGAAUGGGCGGCAAUCAGGAAUGGAUAUACGAUGACGAGGAAAAGACUAUCAAGCACGUUAACAGUGGCAACUGUUUAACGCGUGCCACUACCGAGGACCCAUCAACGCCGCUGCUGCGACCGUGCAACUAUUCGAAGGGUCAACAGUGGCUAAUGCAGUCCAAGUUCAAGUGGCAAGCACACAACGACAAUCGCAUCGGCGAGGACAGAUAA